GUGGAGUUCCAGAAGGAGUGCGGCUCCGACAACAAGUGCUACAGCAACCUGCAGCUGCAGAGCGCCUUUGUCACCGAGCAGAACCAGCCCCUGCCCAGGCUGAACGGCACGCAGGUGCUGCACUACAGCCGGGACACACGCAAGCUGCACCUGAGCAUCAACAUCACCAAUGCACCCAGCUCCGCCUCCAACGGGGAGGAUGCCCACGAGGCUCUGCUCAACAUCACAGUGCCCAGCAGCCUCCUGCCCUCCUCCGUCCGCCCCAGCGGUGCGUGCACCUUUGCGGAGACGGUGCUGUGCGAGCUGGGCAACCCCUUCAAGCGGAACCAGAGGGCGGAGCUGAUCGUCACCUUUGAGGCCAUCGGCAUCACGCUGGACACGCGGGAGGUGUCGGUGUGGCUGGACCUGUCCACGCAGAGCACGCAGGACGACCUGCAGCCCGUGCUGGCCCAGCUGCUGGUGGACUACAGCCUGCAGUCCUCGCUGAGCGUAGCCCCCGCGCACGUGCAGUCCCACUUCAGC